CGCAGAUUUGACUUGCAGUCACAUCACGUUAAAAUGUCACGAAGCUAAAUAAAAAAAGCAGUUAUUGUCCAAAAGAGGAGCUUCUCGGAAACUUCGGGAUGGUCUACCUGGAGGAGAUUUCUGCAUUCGUGGCGAGCGCCAGUGUCCUCACAGUCAUCAAGAUUGUCAUCACCGUGUUCCUUGUUGCAGCAACAAUCAUCCUGCGGAAGCGCCUUCGUAGCCUUCGACCACCUGAAGCUGUAGAUCGUGCCACAUCAAAAGGAGAUGCUGAUGCGCCUCACGAUGAGACGGAGGAUGAGGGCUGUGGCCAGGAGUUGGGGCUCAUGGGGCAGCUGAAGUCGGCAAAAUUGCGUGAGAUGGAGAAGAGGAUGUCGGAAGAGCAGAAAACCAAAGAAAAUGAAGUGCAGCAACAGCAACUGGCGGCAAUUUUUGAGCUACUAAAGAAGCAACAGGAAGAACUGAAAGCCGAAGAGCUCACACAGGAGGACUUUAAAGAUCAACUAAAGCUCUAUCGUUGAAUUUUCAUUCCUGCUAUGGUGAGGAGAAGCUUCAUCAUUCGUGCUUCCUGGCAUUUCUCGUAUUAAUCUCCUCCUGCGUGAGGAUGACGUCCGCAUGUGGCACCAACUAAUUUAAAUCUAUACAACACUCUCCAUAUGCAAGUCUUCAGGAGAUGGAUGUUCUUCGUUUUUUUUUUUAUUAUUUAAAAUCAACUUUUAAGAGUAAAAUGACGAAAUUUCAUAA